AUGAAAUUAAUACCCAGUGCCCUUGCAGCGACACUGAUAUACGCCAGUGUCAGUGCCGCGCUGCCUUCUCUACCCGUGUCGCCCAGCGAGACCUCGGCCAUUCAAUCCAGCAACGGCGACUCUGCAACCGGGCAAUCACCCUCCGAACGAUUUCAUGAGAGGAAGCCCGCCUUUCUCGACUAUAUCCGUUCGCUGCGCCAUGAAUCAAAAUCGCCCGUGGUGACGGAGCAUUCGGCUCAUUAUUCUGCGUCAUCCAGUCACGAAGCCGACUCAGAUAACGCGCGCGACCGCGCCUUUCGCGAUCAUUAUGGAGCAGUUUUUGGGAAAUCAAUCGCCUUCUCAGUACGCGACAACAAUGAACACACGGAGGGGGUAUCGUCAUCUGAAGAUGCUCAUCAAUUACCCAAAACCUCUGCCACCAACAUCUUGACAUACCUCAAGUCCAUUGAUGUACUCGAUCUUCUGGAUAAGCAUGGCCCAGAAUGCGUCGGAAUAGCCAUUUUCAUUCUUAUACCGAUCGCCUAUCUUGUUCUCGGGAUGAUUGAACUAGCAUUAGCGUACUGCACAACUGAGCGCUUCCCCCAUCGGGGUCGGGAACGCGUGCGCCUCGUGGGCGAGGAGAGACAAUUACGUGCGUUCAGCAAUCGGCAGCGGGAGGAGAUGCUUGCAAGUGAGAAGAGCUGGUGGGAAUCACGAAAGUCUCACUGCUGA